UAAAGGUAUAUAAAAGGUAGAUUAGAUCCAUUGCUUCUUCCAUCACCUCCUCUUCUCAAAGCUUUAAGCACUCUUAGCUUUUGACAAUGGAAAUGGACUUAGAGAUAGAGGUGAUGGGGAGAGAAGUGAUCAAACCUGCUACACCCUCACCUCAUAAUCACAUUCAGCUCUCUCUUCUCGAUAUGUCCAUUCCCGCAAUGUACUUCUCAACAAUCUUCCUCUAUAAAUCUGAAGACCUAGUCACUGCGUCGCGUGAGGUCAUCUCAAAGAAACUGAAAAGCUCUUUGUCCGAGACUCUCUCACGCUUAUAUCCACUCGCUGGAGAGAUAGAAGGCGUCUCUAUCAACUGCAACGACAAAGGAGCCGUCUUCACUGAGGCACGCACCAAUCUCCUUCUCCCCGAGUUCUUGAAAACCCUCAACGUUGACUCUCUGGCGGAACUCCGUCCCAAGGUCGAGGAUGGAGAUUCUCCAUCGGCGUGGCCAUUGUUGAGUGUCGGCGUCACCUUCUUCGGGUCUGGAUCAGGAGUAGCUGUCUCGGUCAACGUCUCUCACAGGAUCUGUGACGCGGCUUCAUUGCUUACCUUGGUAACAGAUUGGUCAGAGACCAUGGCUAACAAGAAGUCAAAUGUGGGUAUUCAUCAGUUCGCUGAGGCCACCAUUUAUCCUCCUGCUCCUCCCCACAUGGCUUCACAGUCCCGAACAACGAACUCAAUAAAGUGUGCAAUGAACCGUUUCGUCUUUGAGUCCUCUAAGAUCGCUGAACUCAAACGCAAAGCAGCUAGCGAAAGCGUCAAAAUGCCUACACGUGUGGAAGCUAUCACGUCACUUAUCUGGAAAUGUGUUACAAAGGCCUCGCGGUCUAACCUGAUGGGUCCAAGGUCAGCGGUCAUGUAUGUAGCCGUAGACUUGCGGCUUAAGGUUCCUUCAAGUGUUUUGUCACCGGACGCUAUUGGUAACCUUCAGACAGCAUUCUUUCUCAAGAAAGACGCAGAGAGCGAAGUUGAAAUACAAGAAACCGUGGCCGCAUUCAGGACGGCCAAAGAAGAAGUCGACAAGAUGUUAAAAGAUAAUGUCCAAAGCAAUACACUUGGUCAGGGUUUGUUGAACAUGAUGGGAAGUCAGGCGUCGGUGUUCAAACCGGACAUAGACAUAUACACAACGUCUAGCUGGCUCGGUAAGCCUUUCUACGGGGUUGACUUCGGGUGGGGUAGUCCGGUCUGGAUGGGAUCAGCUACACAUACCGUCUAUGACAAAUUGGUGUAUGUUUCGCUGAUGGACUCAAAGGAUGGUGAAGGUGUGGAAGCAUGGAUAAACAUACCUGCAGAAGUCAUGUCUGUGUUUGUCCAUGACCAAGAGUUGCUUGCUUAUGCUGUCCUAAAUCCCCCCAUCACAAUCUAAACAAAAUGGCCAUAUGUUUUUAUUGUUCGGAGGAAAAGGUUUAAAAAUAUCCAAUUCUUUUUAACUGGCUUUUGUGAUUUGCUUGAAUAAAUUGAUAAUCAUUUCAAAUUUCAUGUUGUUUGAUGUGUUUACAGCAAUUGUAUGUGCUCAAUAAGGUUUACUUUACAUUAAUUGUUGUUGUCAA